UUAACUUGUUCGGUAGCGAAUCUAAAAAAACAAUAUGGAUCUUCUUUUCUUAAUGUUCGUUAUAGAAAUUAUUAUAACAUUAUUGUGCAUUUUAUUUAUAGUUCGUAUAACUACUCAACCAGAUCGUUUCUAUGAGCAGCCUAAAGACAGUACGGUUCUUCCCGUGCCCGAAACAAAACCUACUGAGCCAGAAAUUCCCGAUAAGCCGUCUACAGACCCAACGGAUCUUCCCUCGCCCGAAAGAGGCCCUACUGAGCCAGAAAUUCCCGGUGAGCCGUCUAAAGACCCAACGGAUCUUCCCUCGCCCGAAAGAGGCCCUACUGAGCCAGUCAUUCCCGAUGAGUCACCCAAAGACCCAUUGGUGCGGAUUAGAAAAUCUAUGAUUACACUAAACGUAGAUCCGACGUGUGCACCACUUGCAGAAACGUAUCUCCAAAAUAUGGAGGCAUCAUUCAAAAAUAUAUUCAUGCACAACAAAAAGAUGAAAAAACUUGACAAAAUAAUGGAAGUACCAAAACCUGGAGAAAUCGGUACCUUCGGAAUUGGAUUGUUAUCAUUGUACCUAUUGGAUAAUAAUAAGACCCAGUAUUUGAAAAUCGUUGAAGAUUUAAUAGUAAAAAUAGAUGAACAACUAGAGAAAGUAAAACAUUAUAAGAAACCAUUAUUAUUUAUACCUUGGGAAGAAAAUUGGUACUACUUUUCCGUUACCUUGAAUCGUAUGUUCGCGAUGUACGAGUACAUCGGAGAAAAUAAAGCAAUAAAAGACAUUUGUCACCGUAGAAUUAUUCAGAUAACACCGGUAUUGGAUAGAUCAUUAAGCCACCCACGGUAUGGCGUCAACCUCGUCUAUCUUGGGAUUCCACGUUUGUUGACAAAUUAUUUAUACAACCGUCGGCUUUAUGAUUCGGAGGUAAAAUCACAAUUAUUUAUAAAUAUGAGUGAAAAAUUGAGUAUACACUUCAAUCCUGAUACAGUCAUAAAAGAUGGUAUUUACCAAGACUAUUCGUGUAUUUGUCACACAGUUAUUCCGAAUUUCUCAUAUCUAUUCACAGUUGGGGGUUUUUAUAUCAAUGUAUACCGUGCGCUCAAUUUUAAAGCAACUAUAAGUGAGGUUGUAGAGAAAAUAUUAGACAAAACCAUCCAUUCGAAAUUGGAUUUCAUAGGUUACGGUAUGUAUAACCGGGAUCCAAGAAUAACUUGCAACCAAACUUUAACCGAGCACUGGCCAUUAUACAAAAGAAGUCCAGAUUUUGACGUACAUUUAUUUCCAUUUAUCGGUCACGGUGUAUUCAAAUCACCAAAUUUCAUAUUUUCGUUGCGCGUUCAACGUCAGGGCAUGGGUGCCUACGAAUUCAGUAAAUGGGUUCAAGAAUACGCUCAUGGAUGGAUUCAAAUGCGUAAAUUAUAUCUCGUGGGAGUUGAUUAUAGUUCAUAUGAAAGUAAAAUGGAGUGGAAGGAUCUAAAAUUACAACCGGGUGUCGUUUCAUUUGCUGACAAUCGUCAUAAUAGAUUCGAUGCAUUUCGUACCUCGGGCGAAAAUGACACUAUUCCAAGAUACUGCGAAAACAUCAAAUCUUUUAUUGGACAUUUGAAAAAUCAUAAGAAUAGAAAACUAUUAUAUUGGUUUAAUAAAUAUGAAUUUCAUGCUUUCUAUGGACCAAAGGUUGAAAUAUUUGAAAUCGGUGUCUGUACAGACAAUGGUUUGGUUAUGCGUCAUGAAAUUAAGAAUAAUUCUGGUAAGGAAUUGAAAUUGAUUGCAAAAGACAAAGAUAUUGGUGACAGAAUGCAUUUUAAAGCUUCUUCUAAUGAUUCCGGUACUGGAACUUCUAUCCCUAGCGGCAAAGGACCGGUAAAAGUUAAUUGGUAUCAGCUAUUUGAUGAAAACAUUAAGCCUACAACAGUUGAUUGGAGUGAUGCAAAUAAUUCUAUGUCAUUUAACUUUGACGGCGAUAAGUAUAUAAUUGAACAUCAUGGUAAAGGGCGUGGUCAAUAUCACAUUGUCAAAUGCAAUGAUAAAAUAAUACUCGCGGGCAAUUCGAGUAGUUUGCGUGAUAGCAGUUUUACUCAUUACGAUACAACGAGUAAUGAACGUAUAUUAUUUAAAAGAGAUCCUGUUACACUUAUGUACCUUCUCAAGGAAAGUUGAUUAAUGAUACAUUUAUAUGAACAUUUGAAAGAUUGAUUAC